AAGUUGGUCGAGAUGUCCGCUUCCUCGGAAGUGAAUUUGAAACAAACUCUUCGGAAAAUGGAGUACCCGCUGUGUGCCCAAGAAGCUCUAAACAAAAUAGUCGAGUUAAUAUGCGCCCGGAUAACGAGCAUAAAGAACAUGGACCUUUCCUUGGAUCUAAUGGCGGAGUUUGUGUUCUACGAAGUGGACCGCAGGGGACACAAGCGGAACUACCCGAUGACCCCAUUCACUGAGCUGCAGCUCCUGGACAUUCUGUUCGAAUACUUGAACAAAAUACCGAACGAAUCUUCCCGCAACACCUUAUUUUUGAACCUGUUUAGUCCCACUACCGCCGCGCUGAGGCUGAGCAUUCUGAGCAAUACGUGGAUGCAGCAGCUGGGGAGCACUUCGGCCAAUAGCUGCAAACUCGCGGAGAGCUUGGUCAACGAUUAUUUCCACCUGGCCCAUAACCCGAACGAAAAGCUGAAAGCUUUGCCCAACAUCGCACCCCAGUUUACGGCGAACUUCUUGACGGCUAUCGCGGAAAAUUACUUUCUACCGAAGAAGGACACGAUGUUCCCUCCUAUCAAAUUGUUGCAAUGUGUCGCCGAUUGGGUGUCGGCGAAUCCGCUACUUUGCGUCGCUGCCCAGCAACGACAAGCCGUAUUGCCCCCGGGGGCCAUUGCGAUGGAGGCGACCACCCCUAUCGCGGGCCUGCUUCGAUGGUGCAUCUUGGCCCCGAUAUAUCAACAAAACGACGAGAUUUACUCCAACCUCUAUUUGAAUCUGCUCGGGAGCAUCUUGGAAAUACCGAGGAGUAAUUCGUCCAAGGCCAUUUACGCGCAGCACCUGUCCGCCUCGAUUUCGCCCCUAAUAUUGUACUAUUACAGGGAUUUAAAGAAUAAAGAGGACGCGAAGCUCGGUAAUUUUUCGAUCUUGUGUGAUCCCGCCAUGCAGCUGUCUCUGGAUCGGUUCGGGCAAGCGAUCCAGAUCGCUUUGAGUGUUAACGCUAUCUACGGGCACCUUGACGAACUGUUAAAUAGUAUUCAACAGUUGCCCUACAAUAAACUAUUAAGUAUUGUUAUCAACAGGCAUAAGCAGAAUAAACCAAUUAUCAUAGUUUACGCUCGAUUUUUUGUCUAUGUGGUUCCGAUUAUUUUUUGUCUAUGCGGUUCCGAUUGCCGCCAAUCCAGCACGCGUUGCUCGACUUACCCUUUUUUUAAUCUUAAUGGGCGAGUCUACCAAGGUCAUUCGGCAAGUUUACGCAAACAGAUAAUCAUGGUAUAA